AUGAACGCGCCGACGACAACCUCGACCUCGGCAGCCUCCCUCCCGCGCGUCACGCCGUCGCUGAACUGCCGCUACCCAUUGGACAAGUUCGAUGCCGACGCCAAACGCAUCUGCGGCGAUGUCUACGCGACUUCCUCAACCGGGUGUCCCACGGGCUACACCGUGGCAUGUCUCCGUAUGAGCAGCGGCAGCGAGUCGUCCUUCACCCCGACGGGCAGCGCAUUCCCGGCCAAUCCCAACCUCCCCGUCACGACCAUAAUCGCAACAAACUAUAUCAACCUGUUCUGCUGUCCCGACACGAUCCCCUGGGUUUGCGAAGGAGUCAUUGCGACCGGCUGCAGCUUCUUCGCCUUGUCUGAUAGGGUCUUCAACAUGGGCGGGACGAUGGAAGCGUACCCCGUGACGUCGGGGAAGCUAUUGCGCGGCUACGCCGUCACCCUCUCCCAGGCAGCCAUCACGUCGAGGGAGGUCAUAGAGCGGAACGUCCUGCACAAUUCGAGGAUAUUGGAAGUCGUCACACAGACGACCACCGUCGCCGAGGAGUCCACGACGGUGUGGUGCGGCCUGCCCUCCUGCGCGGACUUGACCAGCAACAUCUAUCUCACCAGAGUGAGCAUGCAGACCGAUACGCCCGAGCCGUUCGUCCUACUGCCGCCGCCGCACAUGGGGAGGCUCGGGACGCUGGGGUCCGUUGCCGUGUCGGGCUUCAUCGCGGUAAUCGUAUUGGCGGCGUCGCUGCUCAUCUCGUGGGCGAUGCUGUAUCGCAAGCGCACACGACGACAGGUACAGGUCCGGUAA